CUCCAUCCUUUUCGGUUCAGACAGAUUUGUGGGUCAAAGCCUUUCAGGGUAUGGGAAUUAAAAAAACUUUAAGCCUCUUACGAUCAAAAUUUUUCGGUGAAAAAGACGAUGAAUUCACCCAGAGGAAGAGAGAGAAAGAAACAGAGACAGAGCUAGAGAGAGAGAGAGACGCACACACAAAAGCAGAUUCCAUUUCCAUCUUAAUUAGUCUCUCUAGGUGAUAUUACACACCACAAUUCCACAAUAGAUUACUACAAUCGCGCCACCCAUAAUCAAAAACAACCAUUUUAUAUAUAUAUAUAUGCCUGACCCUUCUCCUUGUUCUAUGCUUUCUCUGAAGAAUCCUACGCAGAGAGAGACAGAGAGUGAGAGGCAGGGAGAAAUGGAGAUGGAGCUUACUCAACAUGGUUUCUUUGAGGAGCUACUGGCUCUGAGAAGAGACGCUUGGAACCCAUUUGCUGCUGGAGUGAAUGAGUUCGUCCCUACUGCUGCCUGGAACUUUGAUUCUUUUGAUGAGAACCCAGUUCAGGGCACGCCAUUUUCUUCACUUGCAGGAUUUUCUGCGCCCGCAGAGCCCGCCUUUGAAUGUCUUUUUAGCGAAAUUUACCCUUUUGGCGCUGAUGGGUUAAUCUCACCAGUGCCAGAGAUCAAUUCCUCGGAGAAUUACAAGGACGACUCACCCCCAUUGAUCCCAAUUCAAGAAGACUACCCCUCAGUCGUGAAGGAUGAAGAACUUGGCCCUCUUAGUGAUGAUCUUCUUAGCUUCGAAGAUGGAAAUUUCAGCAGCAGAGUCGAACAGGAAGUGCAGGCUCCAGGUAUUCCGGUUUUCAACAUGGGUGUCUGUGGAGAGAGGAAAACUCGAGUUAAGAAAUUGGAAGGACAACCAUCGAAGAACCUAAUGGCUGAGAGAAGGCGAAGGAAGAGACUCAAUGAUCGGCUUUCCAUGCUCAGAUCAAUUGUUCCUAAGAUAAGCAAGAUGGACAGAACAUCCAUACUUGGAGAUACCAUAGAUUAUAUGAAAGAGCUCCUGGAAAGAAUCAACAAGUUGCAGGAAGAAGAAACAGAGGAGGGUAAGAAUCAAAUGAGCAUAGUUGGGAUGUGCAGAGCUAGAGAGAUGAAGCCAAACGAAGUGAUGGUGAGAAAUAGCCCGAAGUUUGAUGUGGAAAGGAAAAACACGGAUACCCGUAUCGAAAUCUGCUGUGCAACAAAACCAGGAUUGUUGCUGUCAACAGUGAACACCCUAGAAGCUCUAGGCCUCGAGAUUCAACAGUGUGUCAUAAGUUGUUUCAAUGAUUUCUCAAUGCAAGCUUCUUGUUCAGAGGUAAGUACAGAAGAUCUUGUGCUAGUUAGCUUUCUUCUGAUGAAUAGAUUUCCUAUACAUAACAUAGAUUUCUCAGUCCACAAUGUUUCCUUCUUCUUUACAUCCAUCUAAUUUUUAUUUUUAUUUUUUGUUGAUCAUCCAUCUUUGAUGGUAUUAUUAGGUAGCAGAGCAGCGGGCAAUUUUUAGCUCUGAAGACGUAAAGCAAGCAUUAUUCAGAAAUGCAGGUUAUGGGGGGAGAUGUUUGUAGCCGAAAUGAAUGAAAAAUUUAAAAAGUUGGUCCAUUUAAGAAGCCUAAAGGGUUUCAAUGACCCUGGCAGUGAGAAAUAAUGUUGUCUUGUAAAUAAGUGUUAUUAAUUCAUCAGUUACAUUCUGCUA